GGGAGCGGGGCGCACGUGGCGUAAUCCUCCAAACCUGCGCGCUCUCGUCGUUGACCCCGACAGCGAUGGCAGCGGCGGGCGCAGGAGCGCCGACGGCGGCAGCUGCGAUGGCGGGUGGGUACCACGCCGCCCCGAAUAUACUGUGAGUGUCCCCCUUCCGCGUCUUAUGCACGGCGGGUGCCGGGCUGGGCGACCCAUACCCUUGGGCGCGGACGACCCAGGCAGCGGUACGCGACCAUCACGGGUGCCGGUCCCGCGCCGCGCCGCCGCUGUGUUCCUCCCGUUGGCUCCCCCGCUGACCGCGCCGCGCAUGUACUCGAACCUCCCCCACCGACCCGCGAACCAUGCCUCCGCUGCGCCACCGGACAGAGAGUACGACCUCGUCAUGCGCCAGGAGCCGAAGCAGGCGCGCAUGUGCGGCGUCGGCGGCAAGGCUGACCGCCGCCCGAUCGAUCCACCGCCUAUCGUUCAGCUGAGGGUUAUCGACCCCAGCCGCAAAAACCGCGCCGCGGAACCCUCAUCCAGUGGCGGGGGCGACGCUGAAGACGACGCAUACGCGCAGUCCUUCCUGCAGAACCCAUACUACUUCAUGUUCGCAAGUCUCGCGAAGCCUGACGACGACACGGAGUUACAUUGGCUGAAGGACGGGCGGACGCGUUGUACAACUGGCUCUGUUGUAUCAUCCCUGUACCACCUCAAAGACCCCAUGAACGACAACGAAGACGCAGGCUUCUUCGUCUUCCCCGACCUCAGCGUACGCACAGAGGGCAGCUACCGCCUCAAACUCAGCUUGUACGAGGUCGUGGGGAACAACGUUCGGCAUUGCAAGUCAAUAUACAGCACACCAUUCUACGUCUACACCGCGAAGAAAUUCCCCGGCAUGGAGGAGUCCACGCCUCUAUCUUGUUCCCUCGCCGACCAGGGCAUCAAAAUACGCAUCCGCAAGGAUAUCCGUGUACGCAAGCGUGCCCCCACAAACACCAUAGACGUUCCUCCGCCAGCGCGUGCGUAUGUGCCUGCUGUCGAUGAUGAUGAAGAGCAAGAACCCAAGCGCAAGCGUUCGCGAACGGAUACCUGGAACGACGGCCGUCCGUCCGCUGCUCCCGUCCCAGUUCCCGAAGUCCCAACAUUACCCGUACCUGUGCUACCUUCGACGCUGCCCGUGCCCACGGUGUCUGACGCCAUCGACCCUGCGCUGACAAACGGGGGAGGGGGCGGCUCCCUCAGCGGUCCGAUGGGCCCUAUGAUUCCCCCACCACCCGGAGCAUCGCAGAAUGAUGCGCCUCCGUCGCCUCUGCGAACGCCGUCGCCUGACCGACGAGGUUCACAGCAUCACUCGAUACCGCCGCCUCAACACCACCAAGGGCCGCCACCAUCGCAUCAUGGGCUUCCGCCGCCGCUUUCUGGGCCUGGAGGGCCUCCGCCGCCUGGACAUGCGGGACCUCCGCCCGUGCAUCAUGCGCCGCCGUCUGCGCCUGGCCACUACCCUCCUUAUGGGCCGUACGGCGGGCAGUAUGACUAUGGACAUCAUGCGCCCUAUGUCCCGCGAUACGAUAAUGGCUACGGUUUCUACGAUGAUGGCGCAGGGCCGUCAGCACCACCAGGAGGCAAUGUCCCAAUCUCAUCUUCCCCGGCGGGCGCAUCAUCUGGCUUGACCGGACCUGCUGCCACGGCGCCGACGGGUGCUGCACCAACUACGCCGACGCCGUCUGGCAUGGCAGGGCCGCCCCCUCGUCCAGGAAGCCCUCAGCGAAGCUACGGAUACGCACCGGCGCCGCCACCCAGGUACAGUAGCCACUACGGUUAUCCCUCAGGGCCGGAGGGAUGGGCGUAUGGGGCGCCGCCUCCCGCCCAGGCAUCACCACCCGUCGCGGCGUCUUCUCAUCUGCCGCCGUCUGGCGCACAACAAUCGUCGGGUAUGACGCAUGCGUCAGGCUCGGGUGCCCACCCUCCAGGAACUACUGCUCGGCCUUCCAGCACGGUCGCUCAUUCCUCUGGCGCGGUCGCUCAGCCGUCGCCUACAAGCGCGCACGUAUCGCCCGUGCAACCGCCUGCUGCGCAACCCUCGCCUGGAACGCCAGGAUAUCCGCCUUAUCCACAACAAUACGGCUACCCGCCCUACAAUGGACCACCUUACGGUGCGCCUCCCGCAUCUGGCGGCCCUUACUACGCACCUGCCCCACCGGGAAACGCAAGCUAUCCGCCUGGGAACGCAUCGUAUCCUCCGGGGCCGCCAGCAGGACCUGGCGCGUCUGGCUAUCCGGCGCCGUACCCUGGUGGAGGUUAUGCGUAUGGGAGCGGCUCGCCGUAUCCGCCUGGUGCUGGCUAUGCCUAUGCGGGCGGCGCGCCCUACCCUCCAGGCCCAAGUGCACCCUAUCCAGGUGGUUACAACUCAGCGCCAUACGCAGGAAGCGCAGGCUACCCGCCACCAGGCCCCAGCGGCGCGUCGUAUCCGCCCGCGCCAGGUAACGCAUCCUAUCCUCCGGGCUCCUCGGCCGCGCCUCCGUACACUAAUGGCGGUGCGCCUCCGUACAACGGUGCGCCGCCGUACGCGACUGGAAGCGGGGCUCCGUACCCUGGGGGCGGCUAUCCACCGUACGCGAGCGGCGCGCCCGGCUAUGGCGCUGGAUAUGGGUACCCGCCGGGCCCAGGUUACCCUGGCCAGCCGUACGCGCCGCCGUAUGAAGGGGCAAGGGCGAGCGGGGAUGCUGGGAGGGCGGAGGGCUCGAGGGCGGGGGAGGGGGCGCGCGCCGCUGGUGAUCCCACUCGGUCGAGUGGCGAUGCCUCGCGGCCGUCGGAGGACCGUGGGCGGGCGAAUGGUGGUCCUGGCGGGGAGAGCGUGCGUUUGGCGCCGCUGCGAAGGGAAUCGCUCGAGUAUCCGGCUGCGUACGCGUCGGUGCCUAUCCGGAGGGAGAGGGAGUCGCGGGACUACCUGCCGCGGCCCGACUAUCCUGCGAGGGAAGGCGAGGAGCGGGGUGACUAUUCGCGGGAGUCGUACUCGUCGCGCUAUUCGAGGGACUAUCGGGCGGGUGAGUAUGCUGGCGGGAGGGAGUAUGCUGGGGGUGUUUCAGGUGCAGGUGCUGCUGCAAGUGGAAGUGGAAGUGGACGAGAGUAUGCUGGUUCGGGGAGAGAAGGUUACGCAGGCGGGAGGGAGGGGUAUGCGCCGAGGGAGGAGAGGGAAAGGGAGAGGGAGGAGCGGGCGAAGAAGAGCAAUAACCCGCUCAGCAUCGGGAACAUCAUCUCGGAGUGAGGGUGAGCGAACGGGCAUUGAGAGGGAGGGGGGCUCGUGAAAGGACUAUAGAAAAGUACUUCGCCUUGGCGGUGGAGUUGGGAUGUGGAAGGCGGGGGAGGGGAAGAAGAGACGAAAUAUCAAUGUGCUUAUAUACAUACUCACCGGCAUCUCUCGUUCAUCUAUACUCACUCAUUCUCAUCGGCGCUCGUGCUUCACUUUUGGCUUGUUUCUUGUCGGCUGCAUACUUGUGCUAUCCUUUUUGCAGUCGUUGUUCUCUAUUUGCCGUUCGCUUUCUUGUGUGCAUAGUCUUUGCUUGUUGUUUGCAUAUUCAUUCACUUAUUCGCGGGAGUACCGAGUUGUGCAGUGUGAGGGCUUUGACACCCGACUAGAGACUUACGUUGUGAUUCGUGGCCACAAGCUCAUCUCU